AUGUGGCUCUUCGUCCUCGUCCUCGUCCUCCUGUCCCCCGUUACCACAGUUACUGCUGUGACCGGCUGCCACAGUGACCGGGACAAGGACGACCGCCCGAGGCAGAACUGCACGGCGGCCGGUUUCAGCAGCCUCCCGGCGGGAAUCGAACGCUCAACCAAGGUCCUGCUGUUUCCCAGAAACCUGUUCACCAGCCUGUCCUGGUCCUCCUUCCAGGUCUUUGAGGCGAUCUAUGAGAUCGACCUCACGGACAACAAGGUUCCAGAGGUGACCCCCAGGGUUUCUCCAACCCUGCCCACCCUUAGCGUCCUCCGACUGGGGUGGAACCUUCUGAAGUCUCUCCCCGCCGGCUCCUUCUCCGUGUGUCCUGCUCUGACCGAACUCUACCUGGACAACAACAAUAUCGAGUCCCUGAGCGACCACACCUUCUCCGGACUCAGCAAACUGGAGAUCCUGGAGCUGUCGUCUAAUCGAAUCAAAUUGCUUCCAGAACUCAUGCUCCACCCCCUUCCUGCCAUAGAAACUCUCUUCCUGGAGUCCAACAAGAUCAGAGUGAUGCCAGACAAUUGGUUCGUAAAAAAGGAGGAGGUGCCAUAUCUCUACCUGUCGAUCAAUCCCUGGGCCUGUUCCUGUUCCCUCGGUUACUUCCACCAAUAUCUCGGGGAUCACGAACUCAACUUCUACGUUCGCGAUGGACCAAACAUCAGGAGCGACGCGGAGAGCGUGGUGUGCGACUCUCCACCACUUCUUAAGGAUAAUUCGUUAGUGACUCUGGAAGAAUCUGACCUGUGUCCAGAGGAAGGGACACUUCCUACUACUCCCCCCACUACUCCUCCUACUACUACUACUACACCUCCGACUACUAUUCCGACUACUCCCCCUCUCCCUCCUACUAUUCCUACUACUACACCUCUGACUACUAUUCCUACUACUACACCUGUGACUACUAUUCCUACUACUACACCUCUGACUACUAUUCCUACUACUACACCUCCGACUACUCCCCCUACUACUACUCUUCCUACUGCUCCUGCGUCUACAUUUGUAUCCUCCGUGGACCACACAGUCUUCACAUGGUCCUGGUACGAAACCUUCACCAGGUUCUUUGAAUGGUCAGGACAUUCGGAGGACGAGCGCAGGAUCGAUGGGUCAAACGUCUUGCACACUUCCACAUCUCAUCCCACAUGGAGUUCUGCCGCCAUGUCAACCACCGCCUCCCGAAAACCCGCAACAACCACGCCGGCUCUGUCGACCGUACCAUCGACAACUCCCAUGACUCCCGGCAACACCUCACGCAGGAUCCCCGAACCUGCUCGAGUUAGCUCAGUCGGCGCUGUCGCGUUGUACUGCUGUUGGCUUUUUGCGGCGUGCGUUCUGCUGUGCGCGGCGUCAGCGGCGUGUGCGUUAGCAACUGUGGCUAGGUUGCUGUUCUGGUACCGGAGAGCGUACAAGCCUUUGAGUUUGGCGCUGGCGAGAAGGCGGAGAGACGGCAGGGGAGUGAGGCUGUCAACGUUCAAAAACGGGGGAGAAAAGAAGGUGUCAGGAGGAGGGGGAGGAGGAGUGGCGGCGCUGUAUCGCUCUGUCCUGUUGGUCCACAGAGAAGGAGAAACUACAGAGAGGGAGGACGGAGUGAGAGAAGGUGAGGGGGGAGGAGGGACGGUUAAGGUGGAGCCAACAGAGGAGGUGAGGAGGGGGGAGAGGGGGGUGUAUAGGAACACCCUGCACCGCCUGGUCAGCAAGGAGGAGGCGAUAACCGGAUGGAGAGAUGUGACGGAGGAGCAAGACUGUGUCUCUGCAGGAGAUGGAGGGAGGAGCAGAGGAGAUGUGUCCAGGAAGCGCUACAGCGUGAUUCUGAGGGAGGAGAGGGGGGAGGCAGAAGGAGGGAGGGGGGAGGUGGAAUGGGUGGUUGGUGGGUGGGAAGUGAAAGGAGGAGGAGACGGUGCAAGAGAGGAGGAGCAAAGGAGCAGCUGGGGGGAGUGGCUAACGCAGUACUUACCAAGCAUGCCGUGGGGGGUGACCACGCCCCCUGAGGGGGAGGCGGCUCAGUGA